AUGGAGACCCUGCGAUAUUCCAUCUCGACUUGCAACGCCGACGAAAUGCAGCAAAAGACACGUCGCCAGAGCAAAUUCCCAGACGUCGAGGCGAGCCUCCAGAGGUCGACCCCUUCCAACUACAAGACAUAUCGCCCCUUCCAACCAAAGAGGCUCGUCUCCGACCCCGUCGCAAAUAUCCUGUCGUAUCUGGGCUCACGCAACCCGUGGCCCCAGCCUGUCUCCAAGGACGACGAGCUAUGGUUAUUUGACAACACCGCCUUUGUCGCAACAAGCAAAGGGAAGGACGGUAAAGAGACGCAAACAUGGAACGCUGAGUUUGUCGCUGCGGUCUUCUCUCAGCAUCCUUCAUGCACCGUCAGCGACGUCGUUGUCCAGAUCGCGGAUAAGAUUGGCUUGGCGGACGACGAUGAAGCCAAGAGGACCAUCGAGGAGAGGCUGCGUCCAUUCUUGAUGGAUAUCCAGCCCGGGAAACAAGUGCUAGCUCUGCACGGGGGCGAAACCCACCUCAAAUUCAGCUCUGGGAGCAGGAAUGGGAUAAGCGCCGACAUCAAGACCAUCCCGGCUGCCCCUGCCGGAAUGAUCGUUCCAACGACAGCACAGGUGCCGCAAGGGACGACAGGACUCUUGCAAAGCAAGACGUUCUUUGCAGACCCUGAGGGCUGGGCUGUGAUUUCAGACGUCGAUGACACCAUCAAGAUCACACAGACGAGUGACCCAAUCGGCAUCCUCCGAAGCACGUUUGUCAACAAACCCGAGCCUGUCGCCGGCAUGCCCGAGCUAUACAAAUUUAUUCAAUCCGAGAUCACCUCCGCCUCGCCAUGGUUCUACCUGUCUGCCUCCCCCUACAACCUCUACCCCUUCUUGCGCGGCUUCCGUGAUGCCUACUAUCCUCACGGCCAACUACUUCUCCGAGAUGCUUCCUGGAUGAGCAUACCUGGCUUGCUUUCGAACCUGACGCUCGGCACAGAGGGCUACAAGGUGGAUCGCAUGAAGAAGAUACACAGCUGGUUGCCCAACAAGAAGGUGAUCUGCAUCGGUGACAGCACACAGAGCGAUCCCGAGUCCUAUGGAGAGAUUUACCGCACACACCCUGAAUGGGUCAAGGCUAUUUAUAUCAGAAAGGUGACGGAUAUUGCUGCCGUCGGGAUCGAAGAGAAGAAUAUGGAUGAGAGGUUCCAGGCUGCUUUCAAGGAUGUUCCAACGACAGUCUGGCGUGUGUUCUCGGAACCCGACGAGUUGUAUGAUGUUUUCAGGGAGCUCGUUGCUUCCAAGACUGCAUAG